UGAAGUUGUAAAUGACAAUGCCAAUGCUCCGUUGCUUACUUUCUGCUAUCCUUACUUUGGCUCAACGCGCGUCGUUGGUAAAUUGGAUUGUUAUUGUGAUAUAAAUAAACUGCGUUACACCCGUGUAUAAAAAACAAACGCAAGUGUAAAUGAAAAAGUGUUCAGGUCACAAACAGGUUUAAGAUACAGAGAUGCGGAGAAAUAUGUGAAAGUGACAGUCGCGUAAAAUAGACUCUUUUUCUUUUUGUCUGCAUAACAAUGUUUCGCAUAGUUUCAAGUACCGCCACAUAAAUAUUGUGGUGGACGUUGAAUAUGCCGAUGCGUACGUUCCGAAGGAACACCUGAGCACUAUGUUUGAAGCGGGAUAAACGCGACUUGCGUUAUCACCAGUUAGAAUGCAAGACGAGUGCAUAGCGGAGGAGGCGAAGUGCAACAGCGCGUUCGAGCGACGGAAGCCCACUAAGGUGCUGAAGAUCGCUGAAAGCUUCACGAACCUCGAUGAGACUGCUAAAGCGGGACGCUAUAUUCGGGGCCCAUACUCGAAAACGGGCCGUAGGUACAGGGAUGUGCAAGAAAACGGUUGUAGGACGAAACGCGGUGUGUGUUGUGAAAAUGAGUGCGAGGAGUCGAGUGUUUGUGAGGAUAGUGAAAAAGUAGGUGACAAAAGAGUGACUGGGUCGUCGUGUACCGCGCUGCGUACCGCCGUCGCCGCGCUCUACCCCUUUGACGACUUCAUACUCGAGAAGAUUGGAGAAGGAUUCUUCUCUGAAGUUUUCAAAGUGACCCACAAGACGUCAGGCAAGGUGAUGGUGCUGAAGAUGAACCAACAGCGCGCCAACCGGCCCAACAUGCUGCGCGAGGUGCAGCUUAUGAACAAGCUGAAACAUCCCAAUAUACUCGGAUUCAUGGGGGUGUGUGUGCACGAAGGGCAACUGCACGCGCUGACAGAGUACAUGGAGGGUGGGUCGCUGGAGCAGCUGCUGCUGUCGCGGCCCGCCGCUCCCCUGCCGCAGCCACUGCGAGUCUCCCUCGCCGCAGACAUGGCCAGCGGCCUCGCCUACCUGCACUCGCUCGGCGUCUUCCACCGUGACCUCACUGCAAAGAAUGUAUUGCUGAAGAAGCAAGGUGACGGAGAGUACACAGCAGUGGUGGCUGAUUUUGGUCUUGCAGCGAAGAUUCCUCACCCCGUCAGUAACGGAUACCGGUUGCCGAGUGUGGGGUCGCCGUGGUGGAUGUCGCCGGAGUGCCUGCGCGGCCGCUGGUACGACCACCGCUCCGAUAUCUUCUCCUACGGCAUCAUACUCUGCCAGAUCAUCGCCAGGGUGGACGCGGACCCCGACGUGCUGCCGCGCACAGACAACUUCGGCCUCAACUACGUGACUUUCGUGGAGCUGUGCGACGAGACCACCGUGCCCGACCUGCUGCGACUCGCAUUCAACUGCUGCAUUUACGACGCCAAGGCGCGGCCGCUAUUCCCCGAGAUAGUGAGCAAGCUCGCCGAAAUAAAGGAGGGGCUCGACGAC